ACAGUCACGCACACAGGCGCAUACACUCAAUUUUGGCUAGAAGCUGCUGCUGACUUUUGCUGUACAGGAUCUGUUCUAACCCACGACUUCCUGCCGGGGGGUGGGUCAUGCCUGGGUAAAACGUCUAUGGGGUAAAAGUCAGCUCCGUCAUCUAUAGAUUCGCAGUGCAAGACAAUGUAAAAUUGAGUUAUGACUUAGGGGAAUCCAUUUGGUACAAGUUACCUCCGGUCCGAAAUUGUCCUUACAACGGCAGCAAAAACCGCCCGAGUUUGCCAGACAACGAGCAUCGUUUUGUGCAUAUCAGACAGCUGUUUUCUGUCCUGUACAUGCUACACUGUCCAACUCACCCGGCUGGGCGUACUGUUAUUGAGGUGGACAACAAUGUCUGCCGAGAAGGGCCUAGAAUACCCAGAAUGCUUUGGUGACUCAAAGCUCAGCAGCCCCUCCGGCCAAUCUCCUACCACUAAGACCUCCUCUACCGUCUGGACCUGACCUCUGACCUCCCUCCUAAGCCUCAAGCACUCCAUCCACCCUUGCCACCCCCCCCCCCCCCCCCCCCCCCAAACUUUGUUAAAGAAAACGUUCAUCUUGAAGCGAGGAAAAACCAAAACGUGCAUCCAUAAGAAAAGACACAAACGUGCAUCUCUAAGACUAACCCCCCCCCCCCCCCCCCGAGUGGGGGAAUCGGCUCCGGCCCAGGACCAUGCUCGGUGCGCUCCUCAGGAGGAACAUGUCCCAGAAGCUGAGCGCGCUGCUGGUGGCGUUGGGCCUGGCGUGGGGCCUCAUGCUGCUGCGCUACACGGCGCAGCAGCCGCGCCACCAGAGCAGCGCCGAGCUGCGGCAGGAGAUCCUGGAGCUCAGCCGGCGCUACGUCAAAGUGCUGACGGAGGAGAACCAGCUGGUGCCGGGCGGCCCGCAGGGCACCUCCAUGGCCGGCUACGCGGAUCUGAAGAGGACCAUCGCUGUGCUGCUGGACGACAUCUUGACGCGGCUGGUCAAAUUGGAGGGCAAAAUAGACCUGGUGGCCAACGCCUCCGCCGCCAACGCCUCCCAUCCGGCGUCGGCCGCCGGAGUUCACCAGGUGGUCCUUCCCGUUGCCCUACAGAAGGCCCUGAAGCUCGGGGCCGCCGGCAGACCCCCGCGGAAGCACACGCCCCGUCCCCCUCAGCCGUACGUGGCCAGGAGGCCGAGGGAUCGCUUCAGACCCCCCAACCUCAUGGCUCCGGUUCACUGAUUGGACUCAACUCAGAGACUGAAGGCAACUUGGUGAAAGCCGGGCGCUGGUAUCAUCUCAGGGGGAUGUAAUUCAGAAGACUAGCUGGGAGUUAUUGUAACUCCUGGGUUCUUUCUCCCGCUGGUAUUUAUUGGUAUUGGUUCAACAGGAGAGGAACAGAAACCAUUUUCAUGAGUUCAGCUGGCUGUACUUGGUUGCUGUCCCCGUGGAUUACAUUUUGACAGUUGAGGGGUUGGGGGUGGGGGUGUUUGAAAUGAUAAGGAGGAACUGAAAGUUUCGACAAGUUGGCGUGGCACCAUAGCAAUGACUAAGAAUGCUUUUGCUGUCUUGCAUCAUUUGCAAUAACUGCGUAACUGUAUAUCCGAAUGCUGAAUUAGACUCCGGUCACUGGGAAGAGCUGGUUCACAAGAUAAUUAUUAUACAGAAGAUUUAUCUUUUUGUAAACGUAUUGUAUGGAUAACUUUUGCCGUAUAGUAGAGCUGAAAGAGAUAAUCCAAAGAUUGUUAUUUGCACUCCAUAGUAGUUUGGUUUUAUAGUGUACUUUUACACUGGCUGCGAUGGUUUGAGGUAUGUGGAAGGGUGUUGGUUUCCCCCCAGAUGAAUGACUAUGAGUGUGAGGGCUGUAACACAAAUGUAAUAAUAACCAUAUCAUAACGCCACUGCUUUCGGAAUGGAUGGGUUCCAAUGUGGAGUAGAUUAAAUGAGACCUUAGCUCAAUGUUUAGCCCUGUAAUGCUGUUUACUUAAUGAAAUGUUGCUAUUUGUUCAGGGCUCAUCUUUCACUGUGACUCUUCAGCAAUUUCCUUAAAAUAGUAACGCGUAUGAAAUAGUUUAACUGUUGAUCAGCAAUACCGAAAGGUUGUACCUCUUGUUCUUAACUAUAACUCCACAUUGACUUGAGUUCCUCUGUGUUGGUGAUGGAACUGAAGCAUCCUUUACCAGCAAGUUGUCUUUUCUUAGCUACUGGCUACAAAUGUAACAAUGUAUCUAUCCUAGCACACCGUUAAGAAUAAAUAAAUGUCUUAAGGCUCUGCAAUAAUAAUUUUCAUAAAAUGGUGCCCGACUAAUUUCACUGAAUGGGGAGUUUCCAGACAGUCAAGCCUGAGUACACAUUGACAUUCAUGAAUUUGCUUUAUUAAACAGGGAGCAUUUGACAGUGAAAUCAAAUGAUAUUUUGACGCCGGAUAAAUUGUAUAAUGUUGCCAUUGAAAUAAACCAGAUAAAAGCUGUCUCUGAAAA